CUCGGGCUGCACGAGCGGAGCGGCCGUCGGCCACGGCGGAGCCGAUGAUCCGCCGGGAAGACACUGAACGGGCAGUGGAAAUUCUGACCAGAUACCAAAGCACCCUGCGGUCCCCGGAGGAGCAGGAGCUAAAAGCCUCCAUUGGAAAAGUCUCGCACAUCUUCCAAAGUGAACUCUUCCAGGCUCUGCUGGAUAUCCAUGAAUUCUAUGAUUUCACACUGCGCUCUGCACCCCUGCAAUCUCCGAGCCUGGAUGCACAUCAUGGCACAGCCAGGCAGCAGCAUGGGGCCAGCGAGCCCAGCUCUGCAGUGACCCCCAGAGACCCCCAAAACCUGCCUGAGGAUUCCUCCUGGGACCGUGAGCGGAGGCUUCCCACGGGGACCGGGGACAGCACACCGGGGACGCCGCCACGGCUGGUGAGGGUGACAGCACGGAGGACAGAGGCACCAGCCAGUGUCUGCAGCCUGGUGCUCAGCUCUCACAGCACCCUGCCCCAGGCCAACCCCGCUCCCAUUAUCGUGAACACAGACUCGCUGGAACAAGGGCUCUCUAUGAAUGGCAGUGAUGGGAUGUUCAAAUAUGAGGAGAUCGUCUUGGAAAGGGGUAACUCCGGGCUCGGCUUCAGCAUAGCGGGAGGAAUCGACAACCCCCAUGUUCCAGAUGACCCGGGUAUCUUCAUCACCAAGAUCAUCCCCGGGGGAGCGGCAGCCAUGGAUGGCCGUCUAGGGGUGAAUGACUGCGUGCUGCGGGUGAAUGACGUGGACGUCUCCGAGGUUGUGCACAGCAAAGCUGUGGAGGCCCUGAAGGAAGCGGGCCCCGUGGUGCGGCUCGUGGUGCGGCGCCGGCAGCCCCCACCAGAGACCAUCAUGGAGGUUAACCUGAUGAAGGGCCCCAAAGGCCUGGGGUUCAGCAUUGCAGGGGGCAUUGGGAACCAGCACAUCCCUGGCGACAACAGCAUCUACAUCACCAAGAUCAUCGAGGGAGGUGCAGCCCAAAAGGACGGGCGCCUGCAGAUCGGGGACCGGCUGCUUGCGGUGAAUAACACAAACCUGCAGGACGUGCGGCACGAGGAGGCAGUGGCUGCCCUGAAGAACACCUCUGACAUGGUGUACCUGAAAGUGGCCAAGCCCGGCAACAUCCACCUCAACGACAUGUACGCGCCCCCCGACUACGCCAGCACCUUCUCAGCCUUGGCUGACAACCACAUAAGCCAUAACUCCAGUCUGGGCUACCUGGGCAGCGUUGAGAGCAAGCCUGCCUAUCCCGUCCCAACCCAGGUGACUCCGUCCCGAUACUCGCCUAUUCCUCGGCACAUGAUUGGAGACGAUGACUUCACCAGGGAGCCGCGGAAAAUCAUCCUGCACAAAGGCUCCACUGGCCUGGGCUUCAACAUUGUUGGAGGGGAAGACGGUGAGGGGAUCUUUGUGUCCUUCAUCCUGGCUGGAGGCCCUGCUGACCUCAGCGGGGAGCUGCGGAGGGGAGACCGCAUCCUCUCGGUGGCUGGGCUGAAGCCUGUGGCUGAGCAUCUCUGGACUCUGCUGAUUGCCCAGCAGAGCCUGCCCGGGCCUGGGGAGGCCGGUGCCUCCACCCUCUGUGUGUCUGCCCGACCUUUACACCCGGCUGAAGGUCGGGCUGGCGCGGGGCGGGUGCUGGGGUGGCGGCUGCUCCUGCCCAGCCUCCUGGCAGGGAGGUGCCAGCAGCUUCUGGAGGGUCCCCCACCUCUUCCUGCAAGUCUCUGCCGUGGGGAUGUAGGAGCAAAAGAGUACAGCCGCUUUGAGUCCAAGAUCCACGACCUGAGGGAGCAGAUGAUGAACAGCAGCAUGAGCUCCGGCUCUGGCUCGCUCCGGACAAGUGAGAAGAGAUCCCUCUAUGUCAGAGCCCUGUUUGACUAUGACCGGACCCGGGACAGUUGCCUGCCCAGCCAGGGGCUCAGCUUCUCCUACGGGGACAUCCUGCACGUCAUCAACGCCUCCGAUGACGAGUGGUGGCAAGCCAGGCUCGUCACACCCCACGGCGAGAGCGAGCAGAUCGGGGUCAUCCCCAGCAAGAAGAGGGUGGAAAAGAAGGAGAGAGCACGAUUGAAAACAGUGAAGUUCCACGCCAGGACUGGCAUGAUUGAGUCCAACAGGUCGAUCAAAACGAAACGUAAAAAGAGUUUUCGCCUCUCUCGAAAGUUUCCAUUUUACAAGAGCAAAGAGAACCUGGCCCAGGAGAGCAGCGGACAGGAACAGGGCGUGACAUCAAACACCAGUGACAGCGAGAGCAGUUCCAAAGGACAAGAGGACACCAUCCUGUCGUACGAGCCCGUGACACGGCAAGAAAUUCACUAUGCGAGGCCGGUGAUCAUCCUGGGGCCAACAAAGGACCGAAUUAACGAUGACCUCAUCUCGGAAUUCCCACACAAGUUUGGUUCCUGCGUGCCCCACACUACCAGGCCUCGGCGGGAGAACGAGGUGGACGGACAGGACUACCACUUUGUUGUAUCCAGGGAACAGAUGGAGAAAGACAUCCAGGACAACAAGUUCAUAGAGGCUGGGCAGUUCAAUGACAAUCUCUAUGGGACCAGCAUUCAGUCAGUGCGAGCAGUGGCAGAGAGGGGGAAACACUGCAUCCUGGAUGUGUCUGGCAAUGCUAUCAAGAGGUUGCGACAAGCACAACUGUAUCCCAUUGCCAUUUUCAUCAAACCAAAAUCCAUCGAAGCUCUCAUGGAGAUGAACCGGAGACAGACGUAUGAACAGGCCAACAAGGUCUUUGAUAAAGCCAUGAAACUUGAGCAAGAGUUUGGAGAAUAUUUUACAGCCAUCGUACAAGGAGACUCUCUUGAAGAGAUUUACAGCAAAAUCAAACAGAUCAUUGAGGACCAGUCCGGGCACUACAUCUGGGUCCCGUCCCCAGAGAAGCUCUGAAGAUGUCCCCUACCUGCUUCCUUGUGAGCAGAAGAUCUCUGAAGUCCCACCCAUCCAAGCCCUCUGCCCUGAGGGGGAGGGAUAUGAAAACUAUUCCUGCCCCCUUUUUUAGAUCGUCGCAAAAUUGAGUUUUCUAGUCCUGUUUCUUUUGUUGGGAUGAACUCAUAUCAUUCAUCACGUGACUGUUCCCACCAUUCCUGCAUGGACCUUCCCACUGCUCCAUUAGAGACAGAUGAGAACCCAUUCAAGGUCGUUUUUUAUUAUUAUUAUUAUUAUAUUAUUAUUAUUAUUAUUAUUAUUAUUAACUAAACAAAGAAUCAAGAUGGGAGGAGGCGGAUAAGGACUAAUGUAAGAAACAAGUGAAACAAUGGACUCUGAACAUGAGCUGGUAUCAGAGCUCCAGGGGCAUUUUUCCAAGUGUGACUGUCUAGCAGCUCUGAACAGUGCGACACACGGGCAGCAGAAAGCAUUUUAUUUAUCUGUAUAUGUAAUUUAUAUAUAAUAUAUAGAGAGAUAUUAUAUAUAUAUUAUAUAUAUAUAUGUAUGUGGACUAGGAAACCUGAGGGACCUCUCUGGAAAGGUAUUGUGUUAUUGCAAGGUUCUUUCAGUUCCUCUGUCCCAACCACUGGGCGUAGGGAGUCCACUUGGGCAGGAAGAGCUCAAAACGGUACCAGGUGCUUUGGAAGCAUCUCCCAUCCAGGCCAGUUCCCUGCAGCCACCCUGGGUCUGAGGCAGAGCAGAGACUGGUACUGCCUGUGCAGGAGGGACCAGAGCAAGGAGCAGCAGCUGGUCUGAGAGAGGCUGGGAGACAGAGACUGAGCAGGAGGCUGCGGAGCAAGAGAAUGGAUGAUACUACAUAUUAAAUUGCACAUUGUUUUACACACCACCUUAUGUGUUUGCAUGAGAGGUUUCCUUUUGGUUCUAUUUUUUUAAGCUGAUUUUAAACCAAAACCAUAUUGUGUUGUUGUGUUGGCUUUUUUUUUUUUUUAUUAUUAUUAUUAUUAUUCCAUUUUUCUCUUGUUAAUAAUGAACUGAAUGGGUAUAAAAUCCAGUUUUUUAACUUA